GAUAAAUUGGGAGAAUUAGCUUUAGUAAAAUAUCCAUGCAUCGUAAGUAGUUACCAUACAGCGAGUCAGCCAUCAGCCAGUUACCUAGUAAUAUGGCCAUAUAGUCAUUUCUUCACAUAAAGUAAAAACAAGCAUCCUCCAAAAUGAACAAACUGUUCGCGACCGUUUUGGCCAUAUUCGUUUUGCUGCAAAGGAGUUGCAUUAAGGCGGAGAACCAUGAAAUCACUCACAAGACCUACUUCGACGUAAGCAUAAAUAACAAGCCGAUCGGGAGGAUAACGUUCGGGCUGUACGGAAAAGUGGCCCCCAAGACGGUGGAAAACUUCGUCAGCAUAUGCAAAGGAACAGUAGUGAAUGGCAAAAUGCUCAACUACACGAAUUCGAUUUUUCAUCGCAUAAUUCCGAAUUUUAUGGCACAAGGUGGCGACAUAACGCACUUCAACGGAAUGGGUGGUUUGAGCAUUUAUGGAGAGAAAUUCCCGGACGAAAAUUUCACGUUAAAGCAUACUAAGCGGGGAAUGCUGUCCAUGGCGAAUGCAGGGAAGAAUACCAAUGGAAGUCAGUUUUUUAUUUUAUUUAUUCCGACCCCUUGGCUGGACGGAAGGCACGUUGUCUUUGGGGAAGUAAUUGAUGGGUUAGACAAGUUGGUUCAGAUUGAAGCGGUGGGCACCGAUUCGGGGGCUCCCGUCAAACGAGUCCUGGUCACCAAAUCGGGUGUGUUAUGAGGUGCACCCUGCAUGCGCAGCAUUUAGCGAGUUCUGCCUGUGUGCGAUUUUUGCCUAUGAGAUGAGGCGUUAUUGCCGUUUUGUGGGAUGUGCCCCCUUCUUCUUUUUUUUUAAAAUAUAACUUUAAAGGGAUACAUAACAAACGCAUAGCGGGAAAGACGAAACAGUGAGAAGUUAAAGAAGCGAUUAAAAUGUA